GCGAGGUCACUACUUUAUUAUUUCUGGACUUUGCGAGCGAGUAGGAGUGUUUGUACACAGCAAUGAUCACAUGACGAAAUAGGUCAUGCACACCUUCUGAUCCGGAUUUAAGUCAGUCAGAAACUAGCAGAAGAGACCAUAUGUGAAAUUACUCGAUGGUAAUUGGGGAGAAAUGUCUUAGAAUGCGACAGAUCACGGAGGACGCUGAAUAAACCGCUCAGGCCAAGUACACAUAACUUAUCAGUAUGAGUAACUUUUUGCGUAAGUUACUACGGCGUAAGCACGUCGACUUAGAGAAUGUGGAAGAUACAAAACUUCACAGAUGUCUUUCAACCCUAGAUCUUACUUUCUUAGGUAUUGGGAGUACCCUGGGAGCUGGUAUCUAUGUGGUUGCCGGGCAGGUUGCCAAGGAGACGGCUGGACCUUCAGUUGUCUUAUCAUUUUUUAUCGCAGCCGUGGCCUCAGUUUUGGCAGGCAUGUGUUAUGCAGAGUUUGGGGCCAGAGUUCCUAAGACAGGGUCAGCCUAUGUAUACAGUUAUGUCACAGUGGGGGAAUUAUGGGCCUUUAUCAUUGGCUGGAAUCUUAUCUUGGAAUAUGUCAUAGGUACCGCCAGUGUGGCCCGGGCGUGGAGUGCCUAUUUCGACACUCUCAUUGGAGGCGCUAUAGAGAAAUUCUUCUCCCAGUAUGUUCACAUUGACGUACCGUACCUGUCCAAGUACCCAGACUUCUUUGCCUUAGCAAUAACAUUACUUUUGACUGUGAUAUUAGCCAUAGGUGUUAAAGAGUCUUCCUUUGUCAACAAUAUCUUCACGGGGGUCAACCUGCUGGUGGUCACCUACGUUGUUGUGUGUGGAUGUUUUAAAGCAGAUUUUAAAAACUGGAAUAUAAGUGAAAAUCAGGUACCAAAUUACACAGAUCCCACAGAACCAUUUGGGCAUGGCGGCUUCUUCUCCUACGGCAUCUCCGGUACCCUGUCUGGUGCUGCCACCUGUUUUUAUGCAUUUGUUGGCUUUGACUGUAUCGCUACAACAGGUGAAGAGGUACAAAACCCCCAAAAGGCCAUCCCCAUCAGCAUUAUAGUGUCACUGCUGGCCUGUUUUGCUGCGUACUUUGGGAUAUCCGCCAUCUUGACCUUGAUGUGGCCGUACUAUGACCUUGACUCCAGUGCACCACUGCCUGUGGUAUUUGAUGACGUGGGCUGGACUGUCGCCAAGUAUAUCAUAGCAGUAGGCGCUAUAUGUGGACUGUCUACGAGUCUACUUGGUGCUAUGUUUCCGAUGCCUCGUGUGAUCUACGCCAUGGCACAAGAUGGCCUCCUCUUCUGGUUCCUCGCUGACAUCAGCCCCAGGUUUCACACGCCAUUACUUGCCACUGCGAUAUCAGGGAUUUUAUCUGGUUGUAUGGCCAUGUUGUUUGAUUUAACAGAACUGGUCAAUAUGAUGUCCAUAGGAACACUUCUUGCCUAUACACUAGUAGGAGCCUGUGUGUUAAUAUUAAGAUAUCGCCCAGAUAAAGAGGACAUUCUCUCCAAUAGUGUUGACCUAGGAGGACAAGAGCGCUAUUACACUGGUGUCCCUCUCUUAAAGGAUAUUAUUAGGACAGCGUUCGUGAGAACUGGACCUAACCCCACGGAUUUAACAUCCACCAUUGUAGCCUUUGCUGUGUUAAUCAUAGGGUUUCUGGUGGCGGGUAUCAGCGCUGUGAUCAUAUACGCCCAGCAGUAUCUAGCAAACGCCCAGUGGUGGGCCAUUCUACUACUGUUGAUAUUAGUGGUGCCGCUGAUUCUCCUGGUCAUUGUCAUCUGGAUACAGCCACAAAACAAAAGAUGUGUCACAUUUCUGGUGCCUGGGGUGCCAGUGAUGCCUGUGAUCAGUAUGUUCGUCAAUAUAUUCCUUAUGUUAAAGCUUCCUGUUCAGACCUGGGUAAGGUUUGGAGUCUGGAUGCUGCUAGGAUUUUUGAUCUACUUUGGUUAUGGGAUAUGGAAGAGCCAAGCAGAGCCGGAUUAUCGUCUGCUUGAGCAAGAACCAGACGAGACGACUGGUAUCCUGUCAGAUGAGGAAAGCAUCAAUCCAGCAGAAAAAUCUUCAUAUCAAUGAUGAAAUGCCCCAACUGAAGUUAUCCUUGUUCAUAACAUGUCAUGUGAUCUGAUGUCAUCAUUCAUAAAACUGACCAAUCAGAGGUUCCGGGUUGAGGUUACUAUCAUAAGGGACCAAUCAAUUAAGUUGUUUCAUUCCAAGUACAAUAUUGUGUCAGUGGAGUUGACCAAUCAGAAAGCUUUAUGAUAAUUUGAAAGAAUGCCUAAUUAGAGGCAUGGGAAAUCUUGGGAUAAUCAACUGACGUUAAUACUAAUGAGAUUCAUACCAAAUCAAUCUAUUUUGCAUCCCAGAAUUUAUUUUGUUAGCAAUAUAGCAUAACGUUCAGUGGGAGAUUUAGGGGGUGUCAGGGGGGUGCUGAUCCCCCCUUGGUUUCUGGGAAAAAAUCACACCGAUAUUCCUCUCUUGAUAUUAGACUGUUGAAGAGCUGAAUCACAGUUCUAAACUGCACCAAAUGACACAGUUAGCCCUCCAAAUGAACCGAACCCCACACCAAGGGGACAAGAGUCGGCUCAGCAUCUGUCUGUCAUUAAAAAAAAAAAAAAA